GGGGGCCAGAGGAAAGGGAUAGAGAGUGAGAGAACUGAGAAGCUUACCAUCUUGUUUUAUUUACUUGCUCAAUCAAUUCCAAUUCAAAAAAAAAACAAACAAACAAACAUGGAAGUAGAAUCUCACCCGCCCAAAUUCGCGCUUCCGGUGGACUCCGAACACAAGUCCACCGAGUUCAGGAUAUUCUCAGCAGCAGCACCCCACAUGCGAGCAUUUCAUCUGUCGUGGAUCUCCUUCCUCGCUUGUUUUGUGUCUUCGUUUGCUGCUCCGCCGCUGCUCCCAAUCAUACGCGACAACCUCAACCUCACAUCCACUGAAAUUGGGAACGCAGGGAUUGCGUCAGUCUCCGGGGCAGUCUUUGCCCGGGUUGCCAUGGGGUCCGCCUGCGACAUGUUUGGACCUCGCCUUGCCUCUGCCUCACUGAUCCUCCUCACUGCACCGGCAGUUUACUUCACUUCCAUUAUCUCAUCUCCCACCUCUUUUCUCCUCGCGCGCUUUUUCACAGGCUUCUCCCUUGCCACUUUCGUCUCAACUCAAUUCUGGAUGAGCUCUAUGUUCUCUGCUCCGGUAGUCGGUUCCGCCAACGGUUUUUCAGGUGGCUGGGGCAACCUAGGUGGUGGAGCGACGCAACUCAUCAUGCCCCUUGUGUUUGCCCUCAUACGUGACAUCGGUGCAGUCAAAUUUACAGCUUGGCGGAUUGCUUUCUUCAUUCCUGCUCUGUUUCAAACAUUAUCAGCGUUCGCCGUUUUGAUCUUUGGACAGGACAUGCCAGAUGGGAACUUCUAUGGCCUGCAUAAAUCUGGAGAGAAGGCAAAAGAUAAAUUUUCAUGGGUUUUCUAUUAUGGGGUCACAAAUUAUAGAGGGUGGAUUCUGGCGUUGACUUACGGCUAUUGCUUUGGAGUAGAGCUGACAGUGGAUAACAUUAUAGCAGAGUACUUUUAUGACAGAUUCGAUCUGAAACUCCAUACUGCAGGACUAAUAGCAGCAAGUUUUGGGUUGGCAAAUCUCUUCUCUCGACCCGCAGGAGGGUUUAUCUCGGAUGCAAUGGCAAAGAGGUUUGGAAUGAGGGGAAGGCUUUGGGCCUUGUGGGUGGUGCAGAUGUUGGGAGGUGUGCUCUGUGUAGUUCUCGGGCGGGUGAGCUCUUUAGGUGCAUCCAUUGUUGUGAUGGUUGCCUUCUCUCUGUUUGUCCAAGCUGCAUGCGGGCUCACAUUUGGGGUGGUUCCUUUUGUCUCUCGAAGGUCACUGGGGGUGGUGUCGGGCAUGACAGGAGGUGGGGGAAAUGUGGGUGCAGUUCUCACCCAACUAAUUUUCUUUAGAGGAUCCAAAUAUUCAAAAGAAACAGGGAUAACUCUAAUGGGUGUCAUGAUCAUAUGCUGCACCCUUCCAUUAUGCUUGAUAUACUUCCCACAAUGGGGUGGGAUGUUUUGUGGCCCAUCAACUAAACCGCACGUGACAGAAGAAGAGUAUUAUAUGUCUGAAUGGAAAUCAAACGAGAAGGACAAAGGUUUUCAUCUGGCAAGCUUGAAAUUUGCUGAGAAUAGCGUAAGCGAAAGAGGCAGAAAAGAAGACUCUGUAACCAGGCCCUCUGAUGAGACCUCACCAGCAACUGUUUAGGAGACUGUUUUGCGCCAAUAACAUGGGUUUAUAGAUUCCUUUAUCAAGUUUUUAUUUUAUUUUCAGAUAGAGAUCCUAGUUGUAUGGGAAUCGAAUCCUUUGUUUCCCCCUGCUUAUGAAUAAGCUGAUCCUCCAAUCUAUGACGAAAAUUGCUAUGUGAAAAGCCCCAAAUCUUCUAUU